AUUAAACGCCCCUCAACUCUCUCCAACCAGCAACCGCUAUUUAUACCCCGACCUCACCAAACCAAAAUACGCAUUCAUCUCGCUUCUCUCUUCAUCUCUCUCUCUCUGUCCGUCUCUCUCUCUCUCGCCGUCGAUAACUUUCAAAAUGCAAGCCCUGAGUUUCUCUCCCCGCCUUUUCCCGUCAACUCACCGCCAGUCUCUCCCUCCGGCCACCUCGUUUUCAAUCGGAAAAAGUUGCCUCGUUUCUUCUCCUUCACUCUCUCUCCCUGCUUUUUCUCAAUGCCGCGCAGUUCAAUCACCUCAUGAAGUUGCGGGAGAGGUUAAAUUUAUGGAAGCUUCGCAACUCGGGAAUGUAAUUCCUCUUCACAGAGUUAUAUUCGCUGACCACUUGACUCCGGUUCUAGCUUAUCGGUGUUUGGUUAAAGAGGAUGAUCGCGAGGCUCCUAGUUUUCUUUUCGAGUCCGUUCAGCCAGGGCGUGAAUCCUCUAGUGUUGGACGUUAUAGUGUUGUUGGUUCUCAUCCAGCAAUGGAAAUCGUAGCUAAAGAUAACACAGUUACCAUAAUGGAUCACGAGGAAGGGCGAUUGACGGAGAAGGUUGUUGAUGAUCCUAUGGAGGUUCCGAGAAGUAUUUCUGAGGAAUGGAGGCCACAACUUAUUGAUGAUCUCCCAGAUGCAUUUUGUGGUGGAUGGGUUGGGUAUUUCUCAUAUGAUACAGUUCGUUACUCGGAGAAGAAGAAAGUAUCAUUCUCAAAAGCACCACUGGACGACAGAAAUCUUGCGGACAUUCAUCUAGGACUCUAUGAUGACGUGAUUGUGUUCGAUCAUGUGGAAAAGAAAGCUUUUGUGAUUCACUGGGUGCGGCUUGAUCGCUAUGAAUCUGUUCAGAAAGCCUACCAAGAUGGGAUGGAUCGCUUGGAGGCACUCGCCUCUAAAGUACAGGAUGUUGUUCCCCCGAGGCUAUCUCCAGGUGCAAUAGAAUUAUGCACACAUCAAUUUGGAGAUUCCCUAAAAAAGGCUAACAUGACGAAGGACGAGUUCAAGAAUGCAGUAAUACAAGCUAAAGAGCAUAUUCUCUCUGGAGACAUAUUUCAGAUUGUUUUAAGUCAGCGCUUUGAGCGCAGAACAUUUGCAGACCCGUUUGAAGUCUACAGGGCAUUAAGAGUUGUGAAUCCGAGUCCAUAUAUGACCUACUUGCAAGCGAGAGGGUGUAUUCUGGUUUCUUCAAGCCCAGAAAUACUUACCAGUGUAAAGAAGCAAAAGAUUGUCAACCGACCUCUGGCUGGGACUACAAGAAGAGGGAAGACUUCGAAGGAAGAUAAGAUGCAAGAAAUGCAGCUACUAAAUGAUGAAAAACAGUGUGCGGAGCAUAUCAUGCUGGUUGAUUUGGGACGUAACGAUGUUGGGAAGAUCUCGAAAUCCGGUUCUGUGAAUGUUGAAAAGUUAAUGACUGUUGAACGCUACUCUCAUGUGAUGCACAUCAGCUCCACGGUUACUGGGGAGUUGCUUGAUCAUUUAAGUUCGUGGGAUGCCCUCCGUGCUGCAUUACCUGUUGGAACUGUCAGCGGAGCACCAAAGGUGAAAGCAAUGGAAUUAAUUGAUAAAUUUGAAGUAACCAGACGGGGGCCUUACAGCGGGGGGUUUGGAGGUAUAUCGUACACCGGGGAUAUGGAAAUUGCUUUAGCUCUGAGGACCAUUGUGUUUCCAACAGGAAGCCGGUAUGACACAAUGUACUUGUAUAAGGAUGCUGAGCAGCGCCAGGAAUGGGUUGCCUACCUUCAAGCUGGAGCUGGGAUCGUGGCAGACAGCACUCCAGAGGACGAACACCAAGAAUGUGAAAACAAAGCUGCUGGUCUUGCUCGUGCUAUUGACUUGGCAGAGUCAGCUUUCUUGAGUUGAUGAUGUUUGGUACCAUCACAUCUGACUUAUAAUAUGUGGUGGAUUUAGAUUAAACAGGAAAAAAGCAAAGGUUUUUAAUUCAGAUCUUACAUAACAUGUAGAAAUCAAACGUUGAUCAAUCUGAAAGGAUGAUUUUUCUAGAAGUAUUUUUCGAAAAAGAAUGUUUUUUAUAUUAGAAUUUUUAAUUCUGUGUGAA